AUGUUCAAAGCAACUCCAGGAAUGGCCUCUUCUCUUCCCGCUACUGACAGAUCUGGGUCUGUCUCACCCACUUCUCCUGUUAUAAACCCUGCUACAGAUGUCCCUGAGAGACCACCACCUCCUUCUGAGUCUCUGACUCCAACUGCCAAUGCAACUGCAACUGCCAUUACAGUAGAUGAGUCGGUCAUUUCCAGUGUUCCAUCGUCUGGCGUAGUGGCUCCCGGAGUUGGUGGCAUUGAUGAGGUUCCUAUUUCAGGUGCCGGAUCCACUUCUUCACAAUCUCAAUCUCCAACUUCGACGUCUCCAUCGUCAAAUCCAUCUCCUGGAAUCCCGACUUUAGGAAGGAAACAGUCGCUUUCUACUACAAAUCCCACUUUCAAUAGUCGGCCUCCUUCCGAUACCCCGGUGGUAUCCUAUACAAACUCUCCUAAAGAACCACCUCUUGGAGGAACCCAUUCUGCCGACAAUUCUGGCAAGAAUUCGCCAAGGAACGUAUCUACAACCUCGAUUCCUAACCUAUCUCUACCGCAAAGACGGGCUACCACUCUUGAUGUGCCCGGUCUGACCAGAUCCAAGGUGUCUCCUGAUGGUAAAAUCGCUGCUAGAGAUAUCGAGUCGAAGCUUGUAAUUGUCAUGGUGGGUCUUCCUGCCAGAGGUAAAUCCUACGUCACCAAGAAAUUAUGCCGAUAUCUCAAUUGGCAACAGCAUGAAACAAAAAUUUUCAACGUCGGCAACACCCGACGAAAGGCCAAUCAACAUGUCGGUCCUGCCAACAGACCAUUACCAGAUGUCAAGUGCGAUGUCGACCCAAACCAUUAUAAACAUCACGAUGCUUCUGAAGCUGAAGUCCAAGCAGCAUCUGCUGCUGAAGAAGCUGGUGCUCCUGAAACCCAAUCAGCUGAUUUCUUUUCUCCUGAUAACGACAAGACGUUUCAGCUUCGUGAACAGUGGGCCAUGGAUACACUUGAAGAGCUGCUAGAUUUCAUUCUCGAAGGAAACGGCAGUGUAGGCAUUUUAGAUGCUACUAACACGACAGUAGCUCGUCGUCGUAAGGUGUUUGACCGUGUUAAAGAACGCAGUGGUGGUCUUCUCAAAGUACUAUAUCUCGAGAGUAUCUGUACCCGGUCAGAUAUUAUUGAAGCCAAUAUUCGUUUGAAGCUGUCUGGUCCCGAUUAUAAAGACAUGGAUCCACAGGUGGCUAUUAAAGAUUUUGUCCAGCGAAUGCACAACUACGAAAAAGCAUAUGAGACUAUUUCUGCCGCAGAAGAGGCUAAUGAACAGUUUCAAUAUGUAAAGAUGAUUAAUGUCGGACAAAAGGUUGUUUGUGCCAAUAUCCAGGGCUUUUUAGCUGGCCAAGCCGUGUUCUUCUUACUCAAUUUCAACCUUGCCGAACGACAGAUCUGGAUCACUCGUCAUGGAGAGUCUGAAGAUAAUGCACUUGGCAGAAUCGGCGGUGAUGCUCCUUUGACUGAGCGUGGUAGAAAGUUUGCCAAAGCACUCAGUCGAUUUAUGGAUUUCCAGAAAACAGAAUUUCGACGUCGUCAAUUAGCAAGAUUUGCUGAGAGCGUAAGAAUCCUUGAAAAAGAAGGGUCUCAACCAACCACGCCGCUUAACGAGCCUGAAGAGCCUCAUUUCUGUACAUGGACCAGUAUGCUACGACGAAGUGUAGAAACAGCAGACUACUUUGACGAAGAGCAUUUCGAUGUCAAGGAGUUCCGAAUGCUCAACGAGCUCGGUGCUGGUAUCUGUGAUGGCAUGACAUACUCUGAAAUCAAAGAGAAGUUCCCACAAGAAUACGGAGCACGAGUCAGCGACAAGAUCAGAUACAGGUACCCUGGUAUUGGAGGCGAGUCGUAUCUUGACGUCAUCAACCGUCUACGACCUGUGAUUGUUGAAAUGGAGCGAAUGACCGACAACUGUGUGAUCAUCUGUCACCGAGUAGUAGCGCGAGUUCUGCUGGCGUAUUUCAUGAAUCUCGGCCGUGAGGCCAUUGGCGACCUCGACGUGCCUCUUCACACUCUGUACGUUCUCGAACCGAAACCAUACGGCGUCGACUGGGCCCUCUACGAAUACAACGAGGAAACCGACUGGUUCUACCGCAUGCCCAAGGGCAACCUCAGAGACCAGAACGACAUCCCCGCGUCCAUGCACCUCAAAAACCGCGCCUUCAGCGUCGUGGCCACGGCCUCGGAAAACGACCAGAAAAAGCUCGAGCAGCUCCGCGACAAAUUCAAAAACACCACAGUCUCCGCCACCGGCCCGGCCCCUAGAAGAUAG